AUGUAUUUCACUGUCGCUGGACUCCUUACACUUGCUAUGGCGGUGGCUGCUACGCCAGCAGCGGUUCAAGUCUCGAAUAACCGCCGCUCCGCAUCUGUUCCGAGCAAACAGUUGUGGCAUGCCACUCCUGAGAAAGGUGUUGAUUUCAACCAGUUGCAGCAAAAGUGCGGCAAUCUGACUGUUUCUUGCUGCAACCAGGUCAAUAUUCAGAACAAUGGAAACAAGGGAGUGACAAGUGGCCUAACCACCGAAGUCCUUGAUGCACUUGCCGGCGUUCUCCCAGGCUAUGCAAACUCUGCCUGUGCCCCAGCAAGUUCGGCGGCGGAUGGUCUUAUUGUGAUCAUCACAGAUGCUCUUACUGGCCAGCCUACCACGCCUCAGAACUUUUGUACUGGCGCCACCUAUGCAUGCUGCCCCGGAAAAGGUGGAGAAUCAUACGAUAUCCCCUCCAAUGAAAGAGGUAGCUCCCGAGUCAAUUCUCCAUUCAUUGGUGGUGAAAAAUUACCACUCCAAAGACACGCCCAAACGGCAACGGAGGGGGACUCGGAAGUAUCGUGGAACCCGCCAUCAUCAUCAGCUCUUGCCGAGAUAGACAGCAACGGGUCGGUGGCGAGGAAGGCCAACAAACCGACUGCUCCCGGCAAGGAGAACCGAAUGAAGAGAAAACACCCAGAAAUUGACACUACCAAUACGGCCACGAGAGGCAAUAGACAGGCAGUAAGGCCCACUGUUAUUCUGCCACAAGCCCUAUGGGGUAUCUCUGCCUGGUAUUGCCCUGCUGCGCGUAAGAUGCCUGCCUGGGAAAUGGCGCGGCUAGUCAAUGAGCUAGUGAAAUUGCAGAAACGUGCGGCUGUCUUGAUCAGUGGUGCGUUUAAAAGCAUUUCCACGGCUGCCCUCGACAUUGAGCUUUGCUUGCUACCCAUGAAGCUCCGACUACAACAGACUAUCGAAGAAUGCGAUCCGCAUUUUCACUGGACCUCAAUGGGCCUGUCCCCGUUCGGCAAAGAUAGCUAG